UCACGCGUUUUGCGUUCGCAGCAAAUACACGACCACAUUGGAACGCAACAAUAAAACAAAAAUGGCUGCGCUCUCGUGUGUACGGAGUUGUGUUACCUUUUUUUGAGUCUUAACUUUUUUCACCUUCUCAGUAACGUAAAUUUUGUAGGAUACGUGGAGAGAUGGUGAAUCACAUUGAUUGGCUCUUUAUUCAAUAAUAGUAUUGUUACAACAGACAAAACCAUGUCUAGAUUAACAAGUGCUCUGAACAUUCUUCACAAUUGUUCAAAGACUAACUUGCUGCAACACAAUUGCCAUUAUUUUUCUGGUUGUAUUAACGCUAGCAGACAUCCCAUUUGGAGUAGUUUUAAACUCGCAAAAUCAUCAUUUCAUAGUUUAACAUCCAGACAUGUGACAUCCGUGCAGAUGCCAAUUUUCAAUAAACAACAAAAGAAGCAUGUAAAACAAACAUUGCUCUGUGGUGAACUGUCGCAGAUUACACACCCUUCAAUCACUUUCACACGAGGAUUUAAAGUGGAGAUAUCCGACGCGGCAGUCAGCAAUAUAUAUAUUCCAACCCCAGUGGAAACUUGCUACGAACUGUUAGAAAACUUUCACGACAUGUACGGACUUCCAUGGUGGUUCACGAUCGUGGCUUCAACAUUUGCGCUAAGAUUUGCUGUGAUCAUGCCACUAGCGAUAAUGCAACAGAGAGUGAUGGCAAAGAUUGAGAAUGUACAAAUUGAAAUCAACACGUACGCCGAACAAUUAAAACAAAAGACGGCAGUAACUGCUAAAGAAAAUGGCUGGUCACAAAGGAAAAUGGCCAAUGUGUAUAGCAAUCAGAUUUCUAAAUUUGUGAGAAAUGUCCACAUGAGGGAGAACUGCAGACCGAUGAGAAUGACGUACGUUUCCAUUGCGCAGGCAUUCAUAUGGGUUACUAUGACAACAGCGAUUGGGCAGAUGACUGGAGUACAUCCUUACAUAUUUGGCACAGAAGUGGAUAUUGAUUUCCUACCAGCGUUGAUGACAGAGGGUGUAUUAUGGUUUAAGAAUCUAGUUCAGCCUGAUUUUAUUUUACCGUUUUUGUUAGGAGCAUCUAACAUUUCACUGGUAAUGUUAUGGUCUUUACGCCGUGGUCCCCUUUCAAGAACACAGCAUCGAUCACAAUUUUCACUUUUUGCUAUUUCUGCCGGCCUUGUACCAGCAGCAGUGACCAUGCCAACAGCCGUGACUUUGUACUGGACAGUUUCAAGUAUGUGUGGUCUUGCGCAAUUCUUCAUUCUUAGGAUCCCUUCAGUAAGGAGACUUCUUUAUAUUCCACUGUCAUCAAGUGAGAUGAAGAGACCUCUACAGGAAAUGUUACAGAUAUUCAAAAUCCGAUACCAAUCUAAGAAAUAUUUUUAAGAAUUAAUUCAGGUCUUAACGAGAGUGCAUGUAAAGAAAUCUUAAAUCAACAUUACAAUACUUCAACAUAUAGAUAUGGCAGUAUCUUCAUCAUUGACAAAUACUCAUGUGUUUUUGCGGGACUUAACUGAAGUCCUGUAGUUCGUCUAUAUUUAGAUGGAGCUGAACAAAAAAUUUGUCCGUCUACAGUAGACAGAGCUAUAAAAAAUGGAAAUCUAAAGAUGCUCCUUUUACGCUGUAUGGUAAAAGCAUAGCCUCCUUACGUUUUAGUUUUGAUAUGACAUGAAAAAAUAUUACAAUUCCACCUAAUAAUUUUUUUUUAAGGGGUGGGGGGAGAGAAUGAUGAUGUGCUAAACUGUAGUAAUCGUGGUGACAAACAAUUGAAGAACAUAGGCAAAAACAAUAGCCUCCCUGGAGCUUCACUCCUUUGGAAAGGCUUAUUAAACUCCUAAGAUGAAAAUUCAUGUACAUACAGUAUUUUCUUCAUUAACAGCAAUUUGUCGCUCUCUACAAUAAAGUUUUCUGACAAAGAAUCAAACUCGUAUACAUUUUCAGCAAUUUAUUUCUUUGACAUAGAAGUUAAAUUCUUUAUAAACAAAUUCAACUAGAGGUGAAAUUUAAAAGUAAUUACGUCAUUUUUUAAAAAUGAAAGUGCUAUAACACUUUAACUGACACCUAAGAAUAGUCAUUAGGAUCUGAAACAGUUUAUAUACUUAAUGUGUAAAAUACACUUUGCACACACGUGUUAAAUUUAAAGAUUUUGAACCAAACAAAAUCUUUCAUCAAGCUCAUUUUUAAUGUACUGUACAAGUAAAUUGUUAUAAGGAUAAUAGAGUGCUAACGCCCAUGCACUAAAUCCUGAAAAAAAA